UUUGGGAGAGGAAUUAGAAUUGUCAAACACAAUUUUCAAACAAGUUUCGUAAUUUAUUUAAUUCAAACACGUGUUGGAAUUAACGUAAUAAUUGUGAAAAAAUAAAUCAUGGGAAAAGGUCGUAAAAAUAAGCCAAAAAAGAAUUUCGCCGAGAAACGACGUGAAAAGAAAAAGAAUAAAACUGAUUGGGAUAAAACUCCACAACGAUGUUACGCCGAUAUAAUUCGUGAAAAUAAGGAUUUUGAAAAUUAUUAUAAAAUGCAAAAUAUUGUUCCCGAAGAAGAAUGGGAUUCAUUUAUGAAAAUGAUGAGGGAAAAUCUUCCAGUUGCCUUUCGUAUAACAGGCUCAAAAUCAGAGGCAAAAGCCCUAUUGGAAAUAAUUAAAGGUGAUUUCUUUAAGGAAAUAUUAAAUUUAAAAUUGGACGAUCAAGAAGAAGAACAUGAUGAAAUUGAUAAAGUGGAAAAAAUGAAACCUCAUUGCCUUCCCUUUUAUCCUGAGGGUUUAGCAUGGCAAUUGCAACUCACUAGAAAAGAUAUUCGACGUUCUGAAACUUAUUUCAGGUUACAUAAUUUUUUAAUCGCUGAAACAAAUAGCGGAAGUAUCAGCCGACAGGAAGUUGUCAGUAUGAUACCGCCAUUAGUACUUGAUGUUAAACCUUGGCAUAAGGUUUUAGAUAUGUGUGCAGCUCCAGGUUCAAAAACAGCACAAUUGAUAGAAAUGAUUCACGCUGAGGAAAAAGAAACACUUCCUGAGGGCUUUGUUAUAGCUAACGAUUUAGAUAACAAUAGAUGUUACAUGUUAGUUCAUCAAGCAAAACGAUUAAGUAGUCCAAAUAUUCUUAUCACCAAUCACGAUUCGUCAGUGAUGCCAAAUUUUACAAUUACCAAUCCUGAUGGAUCAAAGGGAAUAUUGAAAUUUGACAGAAUUUUGGCCGACGUUCCUUGCAGUGGUGAUGGAACAAUGAGAAAAAAUCCUGAUAUCUGGUGCAAGUGGAGUCCGGCAAAUGGAAACAAUCUUCAUGGAAUACAGUAUAGAAUAGCGAGGAGGGGAUUAGAAAUGUUGACAGUUGGAGGAAGAAUGGUGUAUUCAACAUGUUCCUUAAAUCCAUUAGAAAACGAAGCUGUACUUCAUAGGCUUUUAACUGAAACAAACGAUUCUGUUCAAUUAAUUGAUUGUCGAGAUCUUGUUCCUGGAUUAAAAUGCAAUCCUGGUGUUACGAAUUGGCAGCCAGCUUCGAAAAAUUUACAAUAUUACAAAACUUGGGAAGAAGUUCCUGAGCAUUGGCAAACGCAAAUUCGACCAAAAAUGUUCGCCCCAAAUCCUGAGGAUGUUGACAAAUUUCAUUUGGAGCGAUGUAUGAGGAUAUUGCCACACCAUCAGGACACGGGCGGUUUUUUUGUCGCUGUUUUAGAAAAAGUGAAACCACUGCCUUGGGAAAAUAAUGAAGAAACAUUGAACGAAACAGUAGAGACUUCGGAAAUUCAGGAAAGCAAAAGUAGCGAAGUGACAACUGUGGAAAUAACUGAAGAGAGAAAAGAGGGUGAUAGAAAGAGAGCUGCCUUAAACGAUGACAAGAAACCUUGGGGUCCACAGAGGAAGAAGAAAAGACUCACUGGCUAUCGAGAAGAUCCAUUUGUAUUUUUCAAGGACAACAACGAAGAUGUUUGGUCUUCAAUAAAAGAAUUUUAUAACAUUUCCGAUGAUUUAGAUCCAAAAUGUUUGCUCGUGAGAUGUAAUGAGGGUAAAAAGAAGAAUAUUUACUUUACAUCAGCGGCAAUUCGUGAUAUUGUUCUUUCAAAUGAAAAUAAAGUGAAAAUGAUUAACACGGGUGUAAAAACAUUUGUUCGUUGUGAUAAUAAAAAUAUGAAAUGUGCUUUUCGUCUAGCCCAAGAGGGAAUGCCAAGUAUUUUUCAUUUUGUUGGCGAUUUAAGAAAAAUACAAAUUUUAAAGGAAGAUCUUAUUAUGUUAUUGCAAAAUGAUGAUCAUCAUACACCGCCAGAAAUUGUUAAACUCAGUCAAAAAACUCAGGAACUCGUCAAGGAUUUUGCAACAGGAAGUUGUAUAUUAUUGUAUAGAGAAGAAGAAUCAGAAAAUCCGUAUCCUUUGAGAUUAGAAAUGGUUGGAUGGAGAGGAACAAUGUCAUUGAGAGCUUAUGUUCCAAUUCACGAUGCUAUUCAUUAUUUACGACUUUUAGGAGCCGAUUGUUCUAAAUUUGAGAAAAACAAAUUUGAAGCCAAUAGGCUGCAGGCAUCAAAAGUGGACGCCGAAGAUGAUGAUAAUAAUGGAAAUGCAGUUAAAGUGGACAAAGUCGAAAAUGGAUCGACAAAAUCAGAUGACGAGAAUAAAGAUUCAGAAGAAAAUAAUGUAACUAAAUAAUAUUUACGUUAAAGAAACUGCGUUUCCUUGGAGAAUUUCAGGUACUAUCUUUUUUUUUAAAUCACUGUUUCAAUUUGUUUUUAAAAAUAAAUAGUAAUAAACAAGAAAAAAUGAAAUAA